AUGAGAGUAGCGUUGAAUCUCGAGGGGAAAGCAGUUGUGCUGGAUGAAGAAAGGGAUAAGAGGUUAUUGAGAAAGAUUGACUUGUAUCUUCUUCCAUUAGUUUGUUUUUUAUAUGCGUGCCAAUUUAUGGAUAAAACUACAAACUCUUAUGCAGCAGUUAUGGGGUUGAAAACCGAUUUGAAUAUGAAAGGUGAUAUGUAUUCUUGGACAGGUACUGCAUUUUAUCUUGGAUAUUUGGUAUUUGAAUUUCCGGCAAAUGCUUUAUUGCAAAGAUUCCCCUUAGCCAAAACCACGGGUGUAUUCAUAUUUAUUUGGGGUGUCUUGCUAUGUCUUCACGCUGUUCCAAAAUAUGGUGGAUUUAUUGCACUUAGAACUCUGUUGGGUGUAUUUGAGUCUUCUAUUUCUCCAGCUAUGGUGAUCUUGACUGGUCAGUGGUAUAAGAAAGAGGAGCAUUUCAUGAGAACAACACUUUGGUUUUCAUCAAAUGGGUUCGGUAUCAUACUUGGUGGUUUGAUUGCUUAUGGUUGUGCUGUUCAUGAGGAAUCAUAUUCUUUUGAAGCUUGGAAAGUUUUAUUCAUUGUCACUGGGUUAUUAACCAUUGUUAUUUCAAUUGUUUUUGUCAUACAUAUCCCUGAUACUCCCUCCAAAGCUUGGUUUUUAACCGAGGAGGAGAGGUUAUUAGUGGUUGAAAGAAUAAGAGGGAAUAAACAAGGGUUUGGGAAUAAAGAUUUCAAAAAAUAUCAAUUUAAAGAAUCAUUAUUUGAUAUUCUAACAUGGCUUUUCUUCCUUUAUGCUAUUGCUUCAAACACCCCUAACGGUGGACUCACUAAUUUUGGAAGCAUUUUGUUAUUAGAAGAUUUCAAUUAUACUCAAAAGCAAACGUUACUAAUGAAUUGUAUCUGUGGUGCUGUGGAAAUUGUUGGUUGUAUAGGGUUUGCAUAUUGCAUCAGAUGGAUUCCUCAAAGAUUGAUAAUUUCGUUUGCUGCCAUGGCACUUGCGUUUGCUGCCUCCUGUAUGUCGGCAUUUGCAAAUGAAAGUAAAAAUGCAAGACUAGCUGGUUAUUUUCUUCAAUAUGUUAUACCAGUGCCAACAAUUUGUUCAUUAUCAUGCUUCCAAUCAAACACAGCAGGUCAUACAAAGAAGAUCACAACAACUGCUAUCUUUUUCAUUGGUUAUUGUAUUGGGAAUAUCAUUGGUCCUCAAACUUUCACGGAAGCACCCUACACUGGUGGUAAAAUUGCAAUUGUUGUUUGUGAGGCUGCUUCAUUGGUUUUGAUUUUGGCGAUAUACUUCACCUAUUGGUUCAUGAACAAGAAGAAAGACCAGGAUAUGAAGAAAAUGGACUUGACCGAAUUCAACCACAUUCACAACUCAGAAUUUGCAGACUUGACUGAUAAAGAGAAUCCAACAUUUAGAUACUGUUUAUGA